UUCCUCUCUCCACCCCACUCUCCCAUGCUCUCUCCUUCCUUCUCCGUCUUCCUGUGCCCACAUUGCCGGAGUGAGUGGAUUAUUUUAUGCCAGUGAUCAGGUGCCUCCUGCUGUCCUCAGUUUAACGUCAUGUUUCGCAAAAAGAAAAAGAAACGACCCGAGAUCUCCGCUCCUCUGAACUUUCAGCAUCGCGUGCAUACCUCAUUUGAUGCCAAGGAAGGCCGAUUUAUUGGCCUCCCUCCACAAUGGCAAAAUGUCCUGGACACUUUGCGGCGUCCAAAACCUGUAGUGGACCCUUCCAGAAUUACUCCAAUGCAGCUGAAACCUAUGAAAACCGUUGUUCGUGGCAGCACCAUUGGAUUGGAAGGAUACAUCUCAGGGAUAUUGCUUGACAUUCAAAAACUGUCCGUAACCAGCUCUAACACACUGCGGGGAAGAAGCCCCCAGACACGAAGGCGAGCUCAGUCUUUGGGGGUGCUUGGAGAGGAGAGACCAAACAAUGGACAGUAUGUUGUACCAGAGCCAAAUGUACCAGACAAGUAUUCCAACUACAUCAACUGCAAUGGUAGCUCUAAAGCCAACAGGAGGCAGACCAUGUGGCCGGACUACAAGCCUACAGACGACAGCCCAUCCAAACCCAACGGUUCUGUUUGUAAAGCAAAGUCCUUGGAUCCUGGAGACUUUCAGGAUACAGUGGAUCGUGUGAGUCAAUCCAAAUCUCCUGGUGGCCUACGCAAGAACAUUAAUGGAGGUUGCAGCUUUGACCAAGAUACACGUGCUACAAAAAGACAGCUUUCUCACGAGACUCUGCUAGAAGAGGGUCCUGUCUCGAAAUCUGCAGAGAGUCUUACAAAACAGGGACUUUUAAGGAGUGGUUUUCAGCCUUCGGGCAAAGAGAAAUGUUCAGAGCAGCCUGUCCCAGCACAGGAGAGAAAGACCGAGGAAUAUCAACGCCCUGCAUUAACUGCAAGAGGAGUUUUGACCAAAGCUGUUUCUCUUCCACCUGACCAUUUAUCUCCAGAUUUCACAAGGGUAGUUUCAGGAAUACCAUCAGAGCAAGUAUCUCCUCUCCGGCCAUGCAGACCUUCUCCUGCAGGUUCACCACGUAGCCGCCCCAUUCAAACCAGCUCCACCAACCUUCAUUUAUCUCAGGACUCAUUUAAUAAAAUUCCACUGAGUAAUCAGGACACGGCGGUGGUAACUCAUGAACAGUUCAAGACAGCACUUCGAAUGGUGGUAGAUAAGGGAGACCCACGUCUGCUUUUAGAGGAUUAUGUGAAGAUUGGGGAAGGAUCAACUGGAGUUGUUUGCAUUGCUCGAGAAAAGCAGAGUGGGCGCCAGGUGGCAGUAAAAAUGAUGGACCUAAGAAAGCAACAGAGGAGAGAACUUCUGUUCAAUGAGGUUGUUAUCAUGAGGGAUUAUCAUCAUGCAAACGUUGUGGAGAUGUACAAGAGCUAUCUGGUGGGAGAAGAACUGUGGGUAAUGAUGGAGUAUGUACAAGGAGGUGCCCUGACUGAUAUUGUAUCACAAACCAGACUGAAUGAGGAGCAAAUCGCUACCGUGUGCAAGUCUGUGCUGCAAGCGCUAGUGUACUUACACUCGCAGGGCGUGAUCCACAGAGACAUCAAGAGCGACUCCAUCCUUCUCACUCUAGAUGGUCGGGUCAAGCUUUCCGACUUUGGGUUUUGUGCUCAAAUUAGCAAAGACGUUCCAAAGAGGAAAUCCUUAGUGGGUACUCCAUACUGGAUGGCACCAGAGGUCAUUAUGAGGUCGGCAUAUGGCACUGAGGUGGAUAUCUGGUCUUUGGGGAUCAUGGUGAUUGAAAUGGUGGAUGGUGAACCUCCUUACUUCAGUGACUCUCCUGUGCAGGCCAUGAAAAGGUUGCGAGACAGCCCUCCUCCAAAACUGAGGAACUCUCACAAAGCAUCUCCAAUUCUACGGGAUUUCUUGGACCGAAUGUUGACACGGGAAGCGGCAGAGAGAGCCACAGCCCAGGAGCUCCUGGACCACUUUUUCCUGCUCCAGGCUGGCCUUCCAGAAUGUUUGGUUCCGCUGAUCCAGCAAUAUCACAAGAGGAACUCUACCUGCUGAUUCUGGGAAAACAUAAGUACUAGAUGUAUGGGAUCUUGGAGACCUAAUCAUUUAUCUCGCCCAUCUUGCCUAUUUGCUCCCAGAAGAGUCACAAAUAUACAAUGCAACAUAUAAAUCUGACCCUGCACCCCGAAGGGAGCCACGUCACCUCCCUCUGUAGGUAUAAUUUAUAAAAGAUCUUACAAAUGAACUACUUAAACUACCCAGACUGCAUUGCUUCACUGGCCUCCCUACGGGAAUUGGAUCAAAUGUGAUCGUUUACAGUAGUUAUUAACCAUUUCACUGCUGGGAAAGUGCAGUAAACCGGAUGCUGGCGGUGCCAGCAGGAGAGUGGUAAAUAAUUUAUUUUUUACACUGGAAAAGAAAUUCGUAACACUGGACCACGACAGAAGCACCUUAUCGUCUUUUUUCCCCCUAAGAUCUGGCUGUAGUAGCACUCGCGACACUUCCUCAGAUUACCAGCAGGGGGAGCUGAGAACAGCACAAGGACAAUCAUUCCAACAUUGUUUGCAGAGUGUUUUAAGCCACUUUUUGGUCUUGCAAGGGUUGAUAAUGCAGUCUCAUCGGACUGCGCUCCUUAAAGGGACAUUUUAAAAGAGAAAGUCACAGGUUUUAGUUUAGAAAUAUUGCAGACAAGACACAAAAGAAUAGUUGACGACGUACAUGACAUGGGUGUGGUUUUGUGUGAUUUGGCGCGCACAAAACAAUUGCGUAACACCACGUUGUGACGUGAGAUCCUUUUACAGUAGAAUCUAAAUUUGUGAAACUUUGCAGGUUUCUGACAUAACGUCCGCUCAUGUUGUGCAGCUGUUCACAGUGCGUAUGUGUUUGGUUUUUUAUUAGUGUCUCUAUAAAUGUGUCGGGGGUUAGAGUUAGAGGUGUUUAGUGGUGUCCUAGAUUACAGAACACCCACGUGGCUCCGCGCAGUUUUACUUAGUAAUGUGUUUAAAUUAGAUUUGACUUGCUUUUAUAUCACUGUGGCUACAGAACUAUUACAAAAACUUUUACGAUGACAUUGCUUAUAGGGAAUCUGUCAUCAAUGCUUCACCUAUAUAACUAAUGCUAAGGUGCUCUGCACCCGAAUAUCGUUUACUUUUACUAUCUUUUGGUAUCUUUAUGUGCAUUUCUGAUUGCAAGAAAAUGAAGUUUGUAUGUGCCCAGCAGGGUGUUUCCAAUCUUUCAAAAAGUCCAAGCCCGCUUCUUCUUUCGCUCCCGGAUGAGCCCCUAUUUCCGUUUGACGUCAGAGAUGCCUGUGACAUCACCUCUCUGUUUUGUCCAUAUCCUGCGCAGACUGGUAGUCUGACGGGCACACCACAGUACAUACUGUGGGAAUCCCCCUCCCUGUAUGUACUGCGCAUGCCCCGUGCCCCUGACUCCACUGUGGGACCGCUGUUAUUCCACUUGUGGCAGUGCUGUAGUGAUAAAGCCAGCAGCACUGCGCAUGCGAAGUACAUACAGUGAGGCCGAAGCCUGCAGUAUGUACUGUGAUGCGCAGGAUGUGGACACAGCAGAGAGGUGAUGCAUACCUCCCAACUUUUUGAGGGACAAUCUUGGUUCACUGUGUGAAAGAUCCAUUUCCCUACGUAUCUAUACACUUCAAUAAUUUUCUUUGACAAAAUAGCGCAAAAAUUAUCUGAAUAUAGAAAUUUCGAAAAUCUGAAUUGCUUCAAAAAACGAAAUAAUAUACAAGGUGGGCUCUAAGAUGUAGAUGGGAACCAGACAAACACUUUCAGGAUCAAUAUUGUAAAUCUAUACUUCAGAUCAAAAAGAGGGAGAUUUAAAGAGCAAAGAGGGACCUGGGUCCAAAAGAGGGACACUUGGAAGGUCUGGUGAUGUCACAGGUAGAGGAGGAGAGCAUUGCUGACAUCACACGGAGCUAGGUGAUGUCAGGUAGGUAGAGGUAGGCUUAGGCUCUGAUAGAUUGGAAACGCCUUGCUGGGCACUUUGUACCUCAUUUUCAUAUCAUACAAAUGUCAUUUUACCAAAAGUAUGGUUUACAUGAUGUCUGAGUGUACAAUAGCACCUUAGCGUUAGUUAUAUGGGUGAAAUAUUGGUGACAGAUUCCCUUGAAGAGGAACCACUUCACUUCUCAGCACAAUGGAGCAUUGGUGAUGUAAGGAGUCAGUCAUCUGCAAGAAUGGAUCUGGAGAUUUUUUUUCUGGAGCUGGUAUGGGCCAUGGGAGCUGAAGUUCUGCUCUUGGGAGAAAAUUGUCCUUGAUACAUGUUGUUCUCCUGUGAUAUAGAUUCUUUCAGAUACUAAAAGAUGGCUUCCAUUCUUUGGAUAGGGCCCCACCCAUCAGCAGAACAAAAGGGGCAGACACCGUGGCACCGCUGUACAAAAUAUGGUGCCCAGUUCUGAGCUUAUUCCCAUGAAUGGAGCUGGGUUACAUGCCCACACGAUUGAGCAUUAAUAAGCAACUCUAAACAUAGGCCUUCAAUGAAUAUUCCUUGAAAAUUAAUUUAACGGGCUACUGACAAACACGUUUUAUGACCAGUCAAUUUGAUAAGGCAAAAAAGCCAGGGACCCCAAGAGAUAGCAGUGGUUUUUGUGAACAGAUUGCACAUAUCUAGCUUCAGUGGGACUUACUGAAACCUAAAGGUGAGUUGGUUGGAAACCCGCCCCCCCCUCCUUCCCUUUAGUUAGAGUAAUUUUCCCCAAGCAGAAUGUGCAUACAGUUGCAUGUAUGUAGUUGAAUGUAUUGUAUGAUACUAGAGAGCUACAAGAUUUUAUAUCUGAAAAUCUUACUUUUAAGUUAACUUUUUUAGUGUGUUUUUUAUGUUUAUUUUAUUACCAGUCCAGUAUAUUACAUAAAAUCACAUCCUAAUGACAUAUAAAACUUAAAGAGGUAUUGCGGUUUCUAUAUAUUGAUGAUGUAACAUCAGAAUAGGCCAUCAGAUUGGUGGGGGUCACUACACAUGGCGCCCCCAUUGGUCAGCUGUUUUUGGCAGCUGCCACCGCCGGUAAAAACAGUGGAUGGAGCUGGAAGGCAGAAGGUUCUGCCAACUAUGUAGUGGCCGUGCUGGCUUAGUGGUGCUCUUCCCUCGUUUAUGUGACAGGGAGCUGAGCUGCAGUAUGUUGGCGCCAGAAAAUACACAGUGGGCAGAGUCCUCUGUUUCCGACGUCGUCCACUGAUCUGUUUCUGGUGCCAGAUGGCUGAUGGAACUGAGCUGAUCCAAGGGGGUGAAGUGUUCUGGACCCCUACCAAUCUAACGUUGAUGAAUAAUGAUCAGUGAAUUUCUUAACAUUUUUAGUUCCAAUUCAGAAGAAUUGACCAUCCGAUUUGAGUGCUCCCAUUGCCCUGGAAAAGUCUCUUUCUCUCUAACUUCCCCUCUCACAUUGAUUCUUCUGAAUCGAAUGACGCAUAAUUCGGGUUCAUUAGAUUUAGAGCUUUUUGAAACCUUUCAAAUUUAGAACUGAUUUGCUAAUCUCUAUUGAUCACCUGCCCUGAGGAUAGGUCAUCCAUAUUUUGAAACCAGAGAACCCCUUUAUUACCAACUUUUUGACAGUUUGUAUCAAAUGUAAUGUCUGUGGGUUAAGGCAGGACCGUAGAGUUGGCCAUUGCCUUAAAGGAGCAGUUCACCUUUAGAGCUUAUCUACAGACCCCACAUCAUGGUUGGACCCACAGCAGUAAUCAUACUAGCCUGAUCCCAGCCUCUGGGUUCCGGAUCCAUUCACUGUCCCAUCGGCUCUGCAAGUCUCGGGUCUCCCCGUGUCAACAUCCGAUUUGAAGCUGGGUCAGGUGACUUCUGCAGGGUCACGUACUGCAUGGGUGGCUAUUCAUUGGCUGCAGUAGACACGUGACUCACAUCAAAACAGAUGUUGACAUAGGGAUAUCCAGGACCUGCAGAUCUGGCAGGGCACCAAUGGAACCAGAACCCAUCGCAGGGAUCAGGUGAGCAUGAUGACCAUCGUGGGUCUGGCCAUUCUGUGGGGUCUGUAGAAAACCUAUACAAAGGUAAACAACUCCUUUUAAAAAUUCUUAAUUCCUCAUAAAAAAAAUAUUUUUUAACAACUGGAUUUUUUUUCUAAUCAGAACUUGUUAAUUUAUUUUGUGAAAAAAGAAAACCUUGUGAAAUAUAGUCUCACACUGACUGAAUAUUAGGAAAAGAACCCUCAUCUAAUUUGAGGAUGGAAUUAACAUGACCGGCCUGCUAUACUUCUAAAGACCAGGGAAGGUUACGCCACUGACGAUAAGAAAGGAGCAUGUGCACAUACACAUUAGACUGUUAUGAGACACCUAUUUUGUGCACUUAUACAAUGUACAGAGUAUAUACAGUUGAACAUAGAGAGGACUGGUCAGUGUAUGAUUCUCUUUCUGUCUAUAUGAAUAUAUGCAUCGAUCAGCCAUAACAUUAAAAUUAACUGCCUAAUGUUGUUAAGGUUCGCCUCAUGCCACCAGAACAGCUAUGACCCUUCAAAACAUGGUCUCCACAUGACUUUUGAAGGUGUCUUGUGGUAUCUGACAUAGCACAGCCAUUCAUUGAAGUGCUGUAAGAUGUGAGGUGGAUGAGAUUAAUACCUAGGGAAUUUAGGGACCAUUCCUGAACAAAUUUUGCAGUACGGCCAACACAUUAUCCAACACAUUAGUGGCCACUGCUAUUAGGGAGUAUUAGGGAGUACCGCUGCCAUGAAAAAGAGUACUUGGUGUACAUGUUUAAGUAGGCAGGUGGUACAUAACAUGCACAUGAAUACCAGGAACUGAGUUUUUCUAGCAGAACAUUGCUUAGAAAAAAACACUACUUUGCGUCCUGGUGCCAUGUCUUCCCCAGGUAAGGACUUUCUAACAUGGCCACUAUUAACCUUUAGCAUAUUGUGCUACAGUAGCUACUCUGAAGGAUUGGACCAGGUAGGUCAACCUUCAUUCCAACACACAUCAAUAAGCCUUGGGUGCUCCGUGGUUUUCCUUCCUUGGACCACUUUUGGUAGGUGAAGUCCAUACUGAGAAGAUCUACCAUUCUGUAGGGCUUUGCUCUUUUGUCAAUUUGGCCCUUGUCAAAGUUGUCCAGAUCCUCAAAUUUACCAAUUUUUUCUGCUUUCCACACAUCAACUUCAGAUACUGACUGUUCAAUUGUUGCUUAAUAUCUGCCAGCACUUGAUGGGUGCCAUUGUAACAAGAGGCAAGGAGAGACAAGCUCUCCCUGGCGCACUGUUGUAUUGUUGGAUAAUAAUGGUGUAAAAAUCUCGAGAUGCGGUAAUCUGAUGGUGUUGUACAAGGCAUACGCACAACUCUUUUUAGGGCUUUGAUCAGUACAGGGUUCUCAGCCUGCUGCAGCAAAAUCUCAGAACCUCCUCACGUAGAAUAGGAGACCAAACUGGAAGAAAGUGAAUUCUCAAUGAGAACUUCCGCUGCGUUAUGGGCGCUGAUGGCCCUAUUCAUGGCAACUUCCAUUUGCACAUCUUGCCGUAAAAAGCAUCUAGUUUAAGGCUAUACGUUUUUAUCCAGCUAUAGCAUCUUCAUCAUCCGUGUUCAAUAAGGAAACACUAUUUGUCUUUAAACAUGAAAAUAGUGGAAACUGGGAAGUGUGCCAAACCAUAAGAUUUCAAAUAACAAAUCGGACAAAAGCCUUCAAACCUAAUAAAAUUGAUAUAAAAUAUAUAUAAUCUUUAAAAAACAAUGCAUGGUCUAUAACUACGGUGGCCAGAAUGCCAAUUAUGUUAUUUUGACUACCUCCUAUGUUGUGGGUACAGAAGUUCAAGAGGUCCAAUUAAUAUUAAAAACUUUUGAAACUAUAGUGGCCUAUGAUACUCAAUGAGAACCUUCUCAUAGCUGUAAUUCUGAAAAUCCAACCAGGUAUCAACCCAAAUUAUCUAUACGGAUGACUAUUUAUUUGUAAGUAAUUUUUAAGAGUAAGAGGCCUUGAUACUGAAAAUGUAAAGGUGUCUUUUAGUUCACACACCUAGGGAUUAACACUGUGAAGGUGGCCUAUUAUACACUAGUACGGAAUAUUAUACUUUUGUGCUCUGAUGGAAACUAUUUGUAAACUAAAAGGACCAAAGAAUACAAGAUACCGAAUUGCUGGUGUCUUCAUAUUCUCACGGAAACUCCUUCUGUCUAAAAGUACAGAAAUUAAAGAGGUUCAAAAGAUAUAAAUGUAAGCUCUGUAUAUUUGCCUUAUAGAUGUGAUGUCUGUGAAGCUAGGUAGCUAUCUAUGAGAUUUUUACGGAUCUGAACCAAUGAUAAAUUAGAACAAGAUGUAGAUACCAGUGCGUAUAUAAAGGAAUUUAAAUCAGGGAACAAAAUAGUAAAUGUUAUGGCUGAUCAGUGUUUAUGUGGUAGUCUAGGGUAGUGUUUCUCCACUCCACUCCUCACGAUGCCCUCAGUACUGGGGUGAACUUACCAUAGACCCUACAGGUGCCUUCCUGAAUUCAACUGGCUUGGUUCUGUGGCCUGAGUCUUACCUCCUCAUCCCCCUCCUCCAUAUCUUUAUUAGAGACAACUGGGGGAAUAGAAGGACAGAACAUGGCAGCUGGCCACCACUGAAGGGCAUCUUCUGGGGAGGUAGUGUGUGCUGUUGGGACAGUGUUUUGUGCUGCACUAUGGUAUUUUCUGGCCUUGCCUACUUGUGUUGGCACUGCCUAUAUGUUCUAUCCCCACCUUCUGUCAAUUAGACAUAGACCCACCUAGAACAUGGGGCCACUUUUAGUCUUUUUUUUUUCUCCAGGGCCACUUGUAAGUUCCUAACCUGCCUUUGCUCCAGCAGGUCAUGUUUUCAGGAUUUCCUUAAAAUUGAGCUGGUGAUAUUGUUCUUGUCAAUGCAACAGGACUUACCACAUGUAUUCAUUAUGUGGGAUCUUCUCAAACCAGGCCCUGAGGACUCAAGCUAAGAAACACUGGUCUAGCGUGACGAUAAUUUGGCUGCUGCUGGUGAUAAAAUUGCAAGAUUACAUAGACUACCCUCAACUUCAGUGCUACCAUACAGGGAAAUAUUGAGGUAUAGUUGAUCCUGUGAUUUGUACUUCAAUUCAUAGGUGUCGCUAUGAAGCCCUAGCCUUACUGCAUGGUUCUAUACAGUCCUUGUACUUGAGAGGAGCAGAUUUGUUGCGGUUAAGCAUCUGCUGCAGUAUCGUUUCUGGUGCUUUUUUGGUCAGUUUUUAAGUCUCUUUAGUUUGUGCCAGUGCACCUAAUUUAUGAAACGGCACACAGUAAUAAUGAAUUUGGCACUAGUGCGAUGAUGUUUACGCCUAUCUGAUUUUUAUUAUGCCUGGGGCUUGCCUGGCAUGGAGUUGCAAGAUUUUUGCGACUUUUGUGAAUGUCGCAGAAGAUAAAUGAGACUUAACAACUUGAUCUAAUCUCCAAAUUUGGCCUUAAUCCCAGCCAACUUUUAAAAGUGGGGCGGGGUGGUGCAGGAGGCCAAGAGUCUCAACAUUUUGUGCAAAAAGUUGCAUGCGCCAGCACUUACAACAUUUUAACACUAGAAUACUGGUGUAUCACAUUUCAUAAAUGAUCCCCAUUGCACCAGUAUGGCACCAACUAGUUAUAAUCUGAUAAAGGAAGAUUUAUGACUUGUACAUCUGUACAAUAUUCCAUAUACAUGAACUACAUGGUGCUAUGGUCAAAAGUAGAAUCACCAGAGGUCCAAAUGUUGCAGAUGUACUAGCCUGUCCUAUGUCUGUUUAGUGUUUACAAAGGACUAUAUAUAUCACGUAACCAAACAAUUCACCUUGCAAUUACGGUUUUUAAAGGGCUUUUCCAGGAUUACUAUGGUUUUGAACAGAUAUGCUCAUGUACUUGCUUACAUCAUCUACAUCUUCCCCAUGCUCUUUUAUUUAUUUUUUAAUUUGGACUAUCCUCACCCAAUCACCAAUCACUCUGGUUUGUUUCCAUCCUGUAAUGUAGCACUUCCUGUUUCUGUAUCCAACCAAACCCAUGAUGCACUUCUCCUUUCUCUGCCACACCUCCAGCACCGCCCCUAACAACGCCUA